ACGACCCUAUUUCUUCCAUCUACUAACUGGAUGUCGAAUUCGCCGCUGGUAACCAGUCCAGACGUAAAAAGCGGGAAGCUUUACCAAGCAAUCCCUCGGUUUUUACAUCUUUACGUCUGGCCCUUCUUAACCAUAGGUUAUCCCUAUGUCUAUAGACUUUACCUCAAAAAUGCAUACAACGAAGAUGUUCGUCUUCUUAUACUCAUUCUGAUUGUUUCUCUGAAUGCUCUGACCUGGUUGGCUGGUCAGUGGAAUACGAGAGUGUAUUGUUUUAUGACAUGUCGACCGGUCAACAGUUUGGAGGAUGCUACGUGCAUCCAUGUUGUUUCUAACGGACCUGGCAACCCUGGAGGUGUCGAACGUAUUAUUCGUACCCCAAUUCGUGAAAGAAAUGAAGUUCAGUACUCGUUCUUGUUCCAAAGCAAACGCUACAUCUUUUCUAAGGAUAGCCGCUCUUUCCAGAACAUUAACUUCCCUAUGGACAGUGAGAUUAAGAUUGGUGAGCUGAAGAAUGCCAAAGGUCUUGAUGAUAGUACGGUGAAACUCGCUUCGUACACAUUUGGCCCCAAUCGUUUUGACAUUCCCGUUCCCACUUUUGGUACCCUGUUCAAAGAACACGCAGUUGCUCCUUAUUUCGUGUUCCAGAUCUUCUGCAGUCUUUUGUGGUGUCUGGAUGAGUACAGAUACUUUGCCUUGUUCACUAUGUUCAUGAUUGUCGCUUUGGAGUGCUCUGUCGUCUGGCAGAGACAGAGAACCUUGAACGAGUUCCGUACUAUGAGUGUUAAGCCAUAUGAGCUUAAUGUCCUCCGUGGUAAGAAAUGGGUUGUCAUGUCAUCUGAGCACCUGCUUCCUAACGACGUUGUAUCCAUUACGCGCUCAAAGGAGAAUAGCGGCUUGCCCUGUGACUUGGUCUUACUUUAUGGAACUGCUGUUGUGAACGAGGCUAUGCUUUCCGGCGAAUCUACCCCUCUUGUGAAGGAAUCUAUCGAACUUCGUCCCGAAAAUGACGCUCUUGACACCAAGACCAUUGACAAAAACUCUCUUCUGUUUGGCGGCACCCAAGUUCUUCAAGUUACCACCUCGAUCAAUUCUUCCAUCCAAACUCCCGAUGGAGGUGUUCCUGCUCUGGUUUUGCGUACUGGUUUCGAAACACAGCAAGGUAGUCUUGUGCGCACUAUGAUCUACUCCGCUGAGAAGGUCACUGCCAACAACUUGGAAAGUCUUUUCUUCAUUUUGUUCUUAUUGGCUUUCGCCAUUGGUGCAUCCGGUUACGUCUGGUAUCAACGUUAUGAAGAGGAGACCAACCGCUACAAGCUUCUGUUGCACUGCGUUCUUAUCAUCACAUCCGUCGUUCCUUCAGAAUUGCCCAUGGAGCUGUCUCUUGCCGUUAAUGCAUCACUGUCUGCCUUGUCUAAGUUCUACAUUUACUGCACCGAACCUUUCCGUAUUUCGCUGGCCGGUUACGUUGACGUUUGCUGUUUUGACAAGACGGGUACGCUUACCGAAGAGCAUAUGGUUGUGCAGGGUGUCGCUGGCUUGAACAAGGACAACUUUACCGAAUUGACGGGUUUACAAGACACUCCUAAGGACACUAUUCUUACCCUCGCUACCGCACACACUUUGGUUUUAUUGGAGGAAGAUGACAAGAAGGAAAUUGUUGGUGAUCCGAUGGAGAAGGCUACGUUGGAGGCAUUGGACUGGACUGUCGAUCAAAACAGUUGUGUCUUUGCUCCAGUUACUUCCCCUUUGCAUAAACUUCGUGUGAAGAUUACAAAGAACUUUCAGUUUACCUCAGUGCUCAAACGUCAAACUUCUGUUUCUAACAUAAAGAGUCCCACGGAAAAUGCUAAAACUUUUGUUUCUGUCAAGGGUGCUCCCGAAGUUAUCAUGAAGAUGCUUAAGACCAUUCCUGAGGGUUAUGAAGAAACGUAUAAGAAGUUUGGCCGUGAGGGUUCUCGUGUGCUCGCGUUGGGUUGCAAGUACAUGGGCAAGUUUAUUUCGGAACAAGAGAUUAGCAACGUUGACAGAGAUACCCUGGAAAGCAAUCUGGUCUUUGCUGGCUUUUUGGUUUUCCACUCUCCACUUAAGCCUGAUGCAAUUGAUACCAUUAAAAUGUUGAACGAGUCGUCUCACCGCUGUGUGAUGAUUACUGGUGACAGUCCUCUUACCGCUGUCCAUGUUUCUGAAAAGGUUGGUAUUGUCAAAAAACCUGUUUUGAUAUUGGAAAACGAAUCUGGAAAAGUAUUCUGGCGCAGUGUUGAUGAAAAAACUACUCUUGCCAUGGACCUUGAGAAGCCUCUUGAUAAAUCGAUUUAUGGACCUUAUGAUUUGUGUGUUACUGGUCAAGCCCUUGCGCUUGUUAAGAACGAAUCUGUACUGGUUAGUGUUUUGACUCAUUCGUGGGUUUAUGCUCGUGUUUCUCCUGAUCAGAAGGAGCACAUCAUCUUGACAUUAAAGAACAACGGUUAUGCCACACUUAUGUGUGGUGAUGGAACCAACGAUGUUGGCGCAUUGAAGCAAGCCCAUAUUGGUGUUGCUCUUCUUAACGCUAGUGAAGAUGAUAUGAUUCGUUUGCAAGAGAAGCAAAGAAAUGACAAGAUGAUGAACCUUUACAAUAAACAAGUUGAAUUAGCAACUCGUUUCAAUGUUCAAGCUCCUCCGGUCCCCCCUGCACUUGCCCAUCUUUACCCUCCUGGUCCUAACAAUCCUCACCGUGAAAAGGCACAAGCCAACGUUACACAAGUUUUGGAUACUCUUAAAGAAAAGGAAAACACUGUUGAACUUACGGAUGCUGAAAAAACUAUUCAAAAGCGCGCCUCUAUGGCUUCCAAAAUGUUCGAGACUCUUAACCAAGCAUCGGACGAUGAAGCGCCCUCUGUUAAACUUGGUGAUGCUUCUGUUGCUGCUCCUUUCACCUCAAAGCUCUCAAAUGUGAGUGCCAUUACAAACAUUAUUCGUCAGGGCCGUUGUACUCUUGUCGCACUGGUACAAAUGCACAAGAUUCUUGCACUGAACUGUCUUAUUACCGCCUACUCUCUUUCUGUUCUCCACCUUAACGGUAUCAAGUUCAGUGAUUCUCAAUAUAUGAUCUCUGGCAUGUUGAUGUCUGUUGCUUUCUACUCCGUUUCGCGCUCUCGUCCUUUGGAAACAUUGUCUAAGGAACGUCCUCACCAUAGCAUUUUCAACACCUACAUCAUUGGCUCUGUGCUUGCCCAAUUCCUCGUUCAUGUGGUUACUUUGAUUUAUAUCACGAAAUCAGUUUAUGAAUACGAAGAUCCCGCUGAUGUCAUUAAUCUCGAAUCCGAAUUCGAGCCAUCUCUCUUGAAUUCCGCUAUCUACCUCCUGCAGCUCAUUCAGCAAGUAUCUACAUUUGCUGUGAAUUACCAGGGUCACCCAUUCCGUGAAUCCAUCUCGGAGAACAAGGGACUGUACUACAGUUUGGUCGGUGUUACGCUGUUUGCCUUCGCCUGUGCCACUGAAAUGAUGCCCGAUGUUAAUGAAAAGCUUCAAUUGGUGAAAAUGGCUUCUGGCUUCCAAGGAAAGCUUAUCUUUAUUCUGCUUGUUGACUACAUUGGUUGCUGGGCAAUUGAACAAGUUAUGAAAAAGUUUAGAGACGACAAGCCAAAGGACAUUGUUCUUGACAACUAAUUACCUUUUGUGCGAUCAUAUAGAAGGUAGAUAUGUUAAUAUCAAACUCAUGCAUCCAA